AUGGCAGCGCGGUCCCGGAGACCCUGGCUGAGCGUGGUGCUGGGGCUGGUGCUGGGCUUCACCGCCGCCUCCUGGCUCAUCGCCCCCAAAGUGGCCGAGCUGACCGAGAAGAAGAGGCGCGCCUCCAGCCUCUGCUCUUACUACGGCCGCUCGGCGGGGCCAGGGGCGGUCGGGGGCGCGGCUGUCGGGCAGCAGGCGCCACCGGAGGCAGCGGCUGUGCAGGGCGGCACGAGUUUCAGGAGCCCCUGGGAGCUGCAGCUGGCGGCGGACGGAGCGGUCUCCAGCCCCGCCGCUGGCGGGGAAGGAGAGCCGGAGGAGGAGGAGGAAGGCGGCGAGAAGCGGGGCAGCCGGCCCGGCGGCAGCCACAACGGGAGCGGGGACUGGGGGGGCUCCCCUGGCUGUGCCAAGCCCCGCAACUUCCUCUACGUGGGGGUCAUGACGGCCCAGAAAUACUUGGGCAGCCGGGCAGUGGCCGCGCAGCGGACGUGGGCGCGCUCCGUGCCGGGGCGCGUGGAGUUCUUCUCCAGCCAGGGCUCCGCCGCGCCCCCCGAGCUGCCCCAGCUGCCCGUCGUUGCCCUGCCUGGAGUGGACGACUCCUACCCGCCGCAGAAGAAAUCCUUCAUGAUGAUCAAGUACAUGCACGAUCACUAUCUGGACAAGUACGAGUGGUUCAUGCGGGCGGACGACGACGUCUACAUUAAAGGUGAGAAAUUGGAGGAGUUUCUUCGCUCACUGAACAGCAGUAAACCUCUGUAUUUGGGACAGACUGGUCUGGGUAACAUCGAAGAACUUGGAAAACUCGGGUUGGAGCCUGGAGAGAAUUUCUGCAUGGGAGGGCCAGGAAUGAUCUUCAGCCGUGAGGUUCUCAGGAGGAUGGUGCCACAUAUAGGUGAAUGCCUUCGAGAAAUGUACACCACUCAUGAGGACGUGGAGGUGGGCAGGUGUGUCAGAAGGUUUGGAGGAACUCAGUGUGUUUGGUCGUAUGAGAUGCAGCAGUUAUUCCAUGAAAACUAUGAACACAACCGCAAGGGUUACAUUCAAGAUCUUCACAACAGCAAGAUUCAUACAGCCAUAACACUUCAUCCAAACAAAAGACCAGCCUACCAAUACAGACUGCACAAUUACAUACUGAGUCGGAAAAUUUCUGAACUGCGCUAUCGGACCAUCCAGCUCCAUAGGGAAAGUGCCCUGAUGAGCAAGCUCAGUAACAGUGAAGUAAAUAAGGAAGAUCAGCAACUGGGGGUGAUGCCAUCUUUUAAUCAUUUCCAGCCACGUGAAAGGGAUGAAGUCAUCGAGUGGGAGUUCCUGACAGGAAAGUUUCUUUACGCGAUGUUAGAGAACCAGCCACCCCGACAGAGCCUUAGCAGUGCGCUGCGGGCUGCACUGGAUGACACCGUGAUGCAAGUCAUGGAAAUGAUAAAUGAGAACUCUAGGACUAGAGGAAGGCUCAUUGAUUUCAAAGAAAUACAGUAUGGCUACCGCAGGGUUAAUCCUCUGCGUGGAGUGGAAUACAUCCUGGAUUUACUGCUUUUGUACAAAAGGCACAAAGGAAGGAAAGUUACUGUUCCGGUGCGACGCCAUGCUUAUCUUCAGCAACUGUUUAGCAAACCUUUCUUCAAAGAAGCAGAGGAGUUGGAUGUAAGCCUGCUGGAGAAUACCAACACUGACACUCAAUCUUUUGCUUUUCUUUCAAAUUCCUUGAAGAUUUUUUCCUCAUCAUUCCAAGGCACCAAAAAUGUUGGAGGACACAGUGACAAGAAAAUACAUAUUCUUGUCCCUCUCACAGGAAGAUUUGACAUCUUCUCAAGAUUUAUGGGUAACUUUGAGAAGACAUGUCUCAUUCCCAGGGAGAAUGUGAAGUUGGCAAUAAUUCUUUUCAGUUCUGAGUCAGGCCAAGACUCCAGCAAACACAUAGAGCUAAUGAAAGAAUACAGCAUGAGGUAUCCUAAAGCAGAUAUGACCCUGAUUCCAAUGGCCGGAAAGUUUUCUAGAGGUUUAGGUCUCGAAAUGGCCUCAGCUCAAUUUGACAAUGGCACUUUACUGCUGUUCUGUGAUGUUGAUCUGGUAUUCACACCAGACUUCCUCCAGCGAUGCAGAGAUAACACUAUUCAGGGAGAACAGGUUUACUACCCUAUCAUCUUUAGCCAAUAUGAUCCAAAAAUAAUAUAUGGAGGCAACCCUCCAGCUGACAGUAGUUUUGUUUUCACAAAAAGAACUGGAUUUUGGAGAGAGUAUGGAUUUGGAAUUACAUGUAUUUACAAAAGUGAUCUACUUACUGCUGGGGGAUUUGAUACCUCAAUUCAAGGCUGGGGACUUGAGGAUGUAGACCUCUUUACUAAAGUGAUAACAUCUGGCUUGAAGGCUUUCAGAAGUCAAGAAGUAGGAGUUGUCCAUAUUUUUCAUCCAGUUCAGUGUGACCCCAAUUUAGAGCCAAAACAAUAUAAAAUGUGCUUAGGGUCCAAAGCAAGUACUUUUGCCUCUACCAUGCAGCUUGCUGAACUCUGGCUACAGAAACAUUUAGGUGUCAGGUACAAUCAGACUCUCUCCUGACAUCCUAACCUAUUUUGCCUUUUUAGGGGAGUUUACCUCAUUGUCGUAAUUAUUAUUUGAUUGGUGGUGUAGUUUUAAACUCCCUUCUCAUUGUCUUCCAAAGACUGUUGACUUCAAACAGAAUGAGUCUGCUGUUCACUGUUUUUUAUACCUACUGAACUGGUGAGGUUAACUCCUUCAUGUUACCUUUAUUUGAAAUUGAGUCAAGUCACAGAAAUCAUAUGAACACAUCAAUCACAAGAGACUGCAUCAGAAGAAUAUUCUCUUUCAGCUUUGAGAUGCAGUAUCAUUUUUGUUGCAUUUUACAGAUUUGAUGUGAUAAAAAUAUUUACUGGUGAAGGUACCACAAAAGUGCUUUAUGCUUCUUCUGGGGAUGGAACUCAAUAAGAUAAACUUGAGUUUUAUAAUUUAUAUGAGGACUUGUAUGUAUAAACACUACUUUUCUUCAUCUUUAGAAUUUUUAAAGUAAAUGAAUAACUAUGAUUGUACCUUUAUUUUUAAAACAAAUGAAAAAAAAAAGAAAGAAAAGCUGAGGAGCUACUUGUGAGUGCAACUGGUACUGGCUACCAAGGUCCUUAUAUGUCUUACUAUAAUAAUAAACUCCUCAUUGUUGUUCACUCUAAGUAUAAAUGAACUUUAUUUUCAUGAGGAACAGGACUUAAUCAAAUGCUCAUGUACACUUUAGAAGAUUUGUGAGCCUGUGUCCUUCAUUUGCAGGCAAGAAGAAACUAUGACAACAAGGUUAUGAUAAAGUGCAGGCAUAGAGUAUGCUUUUUUGGAAACGCAUAGUAUAAGUUGCUGUUUCUCUUUUUAGAAUGAGUCUCUAAUACAUAAUAUUCUUUUACAUUCCUUUCAAAAAGCUGCACUUGAUACAGAGUGUUAGAAGUUAAAGCUGCAUCUUUUUUUAUGAUUAUUUUUACGUUUUUAAUGAAUAUUGGUACUCAGUAGCAAUCUGUUGUUAAAAUAAUGAUAGAAUAAUUAUUUAAGUUGCAAAAUUUACUAUUGCUGGUCAAAGUUCCUUCCCAAUAUAUUUAUAUUAGUGAGGUUGUAAGACUGUGUUAAGAUUUAUCUCUCUGGACAGCCUGAAGCUGUCGUAUUGUGGAUUUGUGGAGUAAAGCCUUUAAAAUGAUACCAACAGAAGAAAUAAAAAAAUCAAUUUCUGUAUUUUAGAUAAGUGUUUAUAUAGGGGUAUAUAUGUGAAAAUGUGUGUGUGUGUGUGUCUGUAUAUCCCUAUAUAUAUAUAGAUACAUAGAGAGAGUAAUUUCAAAGUAUGUUCCUCUUUUCAGUUCAGGCAGCAUUUUUUUUUUUUUUGCAACUGUCAUUAUUUUUGCCGUGUGCUUGGCACUUUUUAUGUUAUAGUGUGGUAAGAGCUUAAAGGUGUCCAAGAAACCAUCAGAAUUCAGCCAAACUAAAUACAGCAAGUACAUCUAAUAGCCUCAGUACCCCUGAUUUUAAACUAUAUUUCAAAAUAGAGGUGGCUGAGGAAGAAAAAGUAAACAAUUAAUGAAUUCAAGUUUGGAAGUUCUUCAGUUGUAACUGAUUCCUUCCGUGUUACUUUCCAAGAAACAUCUAAGAGAUUGGAAUUCACUGACAUAUCUACCUGUAUGAAGGUAUCCUGGUAAAUUUCCUAAGGCAUGAAGAGCGUGUGUAGGUCAGUUAAUGUCUCAUCUGUGGUUUUCUGUUCUGGAUUUAUCAUGCAAGGUAAAAGACAUCCCUGUAAAGGAGUGAACUCAGAAUUAAAAGUCUGCCCACAGCUUUUUGUAUUCUCUAAAAAGGCCAUCCCCACUGCCUUGGAGAAGGUAGUAAGUGUGGUAGAUGAGAAUAGAUAAAAGAUAAUUCAUGCUUUUUGCCCUCCCCAAGGAGAAGCUCGGCUUGUUAUUGUCCCUGAGGCUCUUGCAUUCCUAACUCAGUAUUGUUAGCUUAAAUAUCUGGAGAAAGUAAAGUUCGGUAUUAGCUAUGAAAUAAUUAUAGGAAACUGCUCUUUAAAUUUAGUACAAAGGUCAGGCUUUGUUCAGUCAGAGAGCCAAGAACAAGGAACGUACACACAAUUCAUUUGAUCAGUCUUGACUAACUGAUGCAAAUCAGAUGAUUGUAAAUAUCAAAACCUGAAUGCCUGUUGGUAAAUGUUUGUGAUGAUUUCAUAAACAUGAAAAAAGAUUAUUUAUAAAGACAUCUAGGGGAAAUCAUUGUCUGCUGGGAUGUAUUCCAGUGCUUAUCUCAAUUACCUAACUUAGUGGCCAGAACAUAUUUGCUCAGCUCAAAGUAAAAGAGUAGGUUAGAACAAGAAAUUACAUCAGUCAUUCAGUGGGGAUAAAGAUGUAUGCAGAGGGCUUGCAGGAUCAGGUCCUACAUGAUAUAAGCAAAAUGCUAGUAUUUACCAGUACAAAUAUUUAUUUAGUGUCUGACUGAUUCAUUUGUUUAUAUGAUGAAUUACUUUGUUAAAAUCCUGAUUAUAAAUGUUUAUUAUGAAAUAUUUCAUUGUCUUUUGAAAUAACUAUCCUGAAGUAACUUGAGAACUUGUGAUAGUUUGUUUAAGGAAUAAUAUGCCUUCUAAGGAGAUCAUAUUAAAAGAAAAAAAAAAAGCAAGCACAAAAGUGUUAAUGUUUUGUAUGUAUAGUUUAAGAUGGGAAUGUCUCUGCUAGCAGAAUCAACUGUUUGCUUUUGUCCAGUCUGAAUCAUAUCUUGAUUGUAAAAUGAAGUUUCUGUGUAUGAUAUCCCUUUGUAAAUGUGUAACUAAUUAAUUCACAAUAGAACGCAAUGACCAUUUUUU